CACAGAACAAUGACUUGGCAAGUACGACUGAUCAUCGCUGUCAUUUUUCUCGGUUCUGUAUGCGGGCAGGUUAGCUAUUCGGUACCGGAGGAAAUGCCCAAAGGGUCGUUAGUCGGUAAUAUAGUGCAGGAUCUUGGGUUAGAUAUAAAAAGAUUAAAAUCUGGUAAUGCUCAUGUAUAUACUGGAGACGGCACUGAAUACAUUGAACUGAAUAAAGAAAGGGGAGUCCUCCAUAUUAAGGAGAGAAUAGAUCGCGAAGUAUUGUGCGGAGAGACGAGUCCUUGUGCUUUACAUUUCCAGAUCAUUCUGGAAAACCCGAUUGAAUAUUACGGUAUAACUGUAGAGAUCAUGGAUAUUAAUGAUAAUGCGCCAAGGUUUAAAACGACUGAAAUGCGAUUUGAUGUGAUCGAGUCUUCUUUGCCUGGUGCGAGAUUUGUUCUAGAGAAAGCAAUGGAUCCGGAUGUUGGUGUUAAUGGCCUGCAAGGAUACUCGCUUAAACCAACCGAUAAUUUUAACCUAAAAUUGCACAGUUUGCCAGACGGUACUAAAAACGUAGAAAUGGUUCUUCAGAAACCGUUAGAUAGAGAAAAACAAGAUGAGCUCUCGUUGACGUUAACAGCAAUGGAUGGAGGCGAUCCCCAGAUGUCGGGCACGGUGCAGAUCCGUAUCACUGUGCUCGAUGCUAAUGACAAUGCGCCUAUUUGUGUUCAAACUGUUUAUAAGGCUUCUAUAAUGGAGAAUUCUCCUGGAGGAACAAUUUUAACAACAGUAAGCGCCUCUGACACAGACGAGGGGUCGAACGCCAAAGUAACAUAUUCUAUUUCUAACUCAGCGGAGGUUGUUGCUGAACUCUUUCAAGUAGAUCCGGAUAAUGGUGAGGUGAAAUUAAUUGGAAAUGUGGAUUAUGAAAGGGCUAAACGUUUUGAAAUUGACGUACAAGCAAGAGAUUCCGUUGGCCAUUCUGAUUCUUGUAAAGUAAUAGUAGAUGUAAUUGAUACCAAUGAUAAUAAGCCUGUCAUUAAUAUCAUGUCAAAAUCUAAAUUAAUUUCCGAAGACUCUAAGGAAGGCACGGUUGUUGCAAUUAUAAACAUACAAGACGCAGAUUCUGGGACGAAUGGACAAGUAAAUUGUGUUAUGAAUGAAAAUAUUCCAUUUACUAUUAAAUCGACAUCAAUUAACGUCUUCAGCAUCGUUUCUGAUCAUGUUUUGGAUCGGGAGACACAUUCUCAGUUUAACAUCAGUGUUACCUGCUCUGAUGAGGGAGUGCCCUCUCUCUCAAGUAGCGUCACUCUCACCGUACAAGUAUCAGAUGUGAAUGACAACGCGCCCGCCUUUGAAAAUAGUUCAUACGAAGUUCACAUUAAAGAAAAUAACAGCCCGGGUCUCUCCAUAUUUUCAGUAAAAGCCAGAGAUGCCGACUGGAACCAGAAUGCUCGUGUUUCUUAUAUACUGGAGGAAGGCACUGUUAAUGGCGCGUCAGUCUCCUCGUAUGUCUCUGUGAACUCUGACAGUGGAGUCAUCCACGCCGUGCGCUCUUUUGACUACGAGCAGAUUAAGGAUUUCCAGUUCCGCGUAAAAGCGCAAGAUGGAGGCUCUCCUCCCCUCUGUAGUAAUGUCACAGUGAAGAUAUUAAUUCUAGACCAGAACGAUAACGCACCACAGAUUCUCUACCCAGUACUAAGUGGAGGGUCUGUCGUGGCUGAAAUUGUGCCUCGUUCGGCCGAUGUUGGCUAUCUUGUUACUAAAGUGGUCGCUGUUGAUGUGGACUCUGGACAGAAUGCCUGGCUCUCAUAUAAACUGCUGAAAUCGACAGACAGAGCUCUGUUUGAAAUGGGUUUACAGAAUGGAGAAAUAAGAACUUUACGCCAGGUCACCGAUAAAGAUGCUGUGAAACAAAGACUCACUGUUGUAGUGGAGGACAACGGACAGCCUUCUCGCUCAGCUACAGUCAAUGUGAACGUGGCGGUGGCUGACAGCUUCCCGGAAGUGCUCUCGGAAUUCACCGAUUUUACGCAAGACAAGGUUUAUAAUGAUAAUCUCACUUUUUAUUUAGUCCUGGCCUUGGCUGUCGUUUCAUUUCUUUUCAUCGUCUCCAUAAUUGCCAUACUGUCGGUAAAGUGCUACAGAUGGAGACGUGAACAAUUGUUUUAUAAAUCAAACGGAAACCUUCCAGUUAUACCCUACUAUCCACCACUUUACGCAGACGUUGAUGGUACAGGAACUCUACAGCACGUGUAUAAUUACGACAUGUGCAGGACGACUGACUCCAGAAAGAGUGAUAUGAAGUAUGUUAGACCUUGCAGUCAGAGCAUCAUUAGUCUGGACGCCUGUGGAACUCAAACCCUACCGCACGUUCAACAGAAAGGCGCGAAUGAGGUUUCAGAGAAUCAGGUGAGACUUGUGCUGAAUCAUUCUAUUAUCUAUGCCGAUCUACAUACAUACUAG